AUGGCUGCGGAAGAAGAUGCAGCUGAAAACAAUAUGUCGCUACAAAAUUUCAUCUAUGCCACCUGGAUGCAGAUAUGUCGGGAAGAAGCGGCAAGACCACCAGAAAAGAUGAUCUGGUGGAUCCGAAACCACGAAGGAGUGUCUGUCCCUGAUAACUUCCCUCUCAACAUUCUCUACUCGGCCUACGAACAAAUUUUUGCGUGUCUCAAGCAAAAAUUACAAGAAAUUUUUAUGAGCGAUUUUCCUGUCCACAUUCUCACGAGGUUUUUUACCCUCAAGAAUAACUAUCAAUUUGGUCACGAGCUUAACCGGCAGGGAGGGACUCAUGUCGAUCCCGCGAUUCGAAAGCUAUUGACAUACCUGCUCACUCGAGAAGUCUCCUUCAAAUCGGACGGAAAACUUAUUAUGACGAGGGUCCCCAAAGAUGAAGCCCACGAAUUCAUGAAAAGAUUUGCUCCCCAUAUGUCAAAGUUGGAAGCUUUUUCGGAGACUAUCAUUGACACGUACAGACUCGAGACUUUCCGCUCUACCGUGGGGUCCAUCUCCGUCACCGCAUCGCAGCAGCUUCAGUGUUACUUUGUUACGAAAUGCAACUUCCCCACCAAGCCUCCCACUCCUGGUGAAAAGACGGACAUUCCAGCUGUCUUGGACUUGUCCUUCUUGAAGAUUAGUCAUUGGGUACAAGAUGGGUGGAACGUCAAGGUUCUGAGUCAGCGCUCUGUCAAACUUGUACCAUUUCUAGUACUGUCAGCUCUACUCGGCGCGCAAGUAUGUUGGUUUUGGGAAGCCAUGCGGUUCUUCAAGAAGCGACAUAUGCCUAAAUUAACCUUCAGUGCACAGAUUGUGGCUGGAUUUUCGUACACCACCUCUGUAAUCGUCUUGGCCCGGCAUAUUUGCAGCUAA